AUGAGAGUAAAGAAAUUUGAUGUAACGAUUUACACUUGGGUUAUGAAAAAAAAAAUGAAAACCAUAGAAAAAAAUCAUAAUUUAAUAAUACAAAAAAAUGAUUUAUGCCAAGAAAAUUUCUAUGGAAAAAAUAUCACUGAUCCAUAUCGUUGGUUAGAACAAACUUUCUCUAAUAAACCUUAUCAAUUUAUAUUGCAUCAAAUGAAACAAACACAACACUUUUUAUCAUAUUGUCCAUAUCAAGAAGAAUAUAGAAAUUAUUUGCAGUUACUAUGUAAUUUUGAUCAAUAUACUUGUUCAUUAGUACGUGGUAACAACUACUUUUAUUGUUUUAAAUCAUCGAAUUUAGAAAAUAUUGUUUUAGAAUCUAUUCAAAAUAAUUUUAAUAUACCACGGAUUAUAUUAGAUCCAACUUGUAUAAGAUUGAACAAAUUAGAAAUAAUUUCUGCAUUCAAUCUAUCGGAUUGUGGUAAAUAUUUAUGUUAUGAAAUAUGGAAUCAAACUAAUGGUGAAUAUAAACUAUAUUUUAAAGAUUUAAAAACGGAUAUUCAAUUACCAGAUUGUAUUCAACUGUUGAAUAAAACUUCUAUGACAUGGUCAAAUGAUAAUCAAGGAAUUUAUUAUAUCAAUUGCAUGGCAACUAAUUCAAUUGAUGAUCCAAUGGAUAGUUUAAUACAAAAUUAUAUGGUUACUAUUAAUUAUCAUAAAUUAGGUGAAAUUGAUCAAAGUAAAGAUUUAGUGGUAUGGAGUUGUGAGAUGUCACAACCAAAUUUAAUGUACUGUGAAUUAGAUGAAACUGGACGUUAUCUAUUAGUGACUAUAUUGAAUGAACAACAUUCACAGAAUAAAUUAAUUUUUGGUUUAAUUAAUCAUGAACGAGUUAAACUAAAAGGUCGUUUGAAAAUGAUCCCAAUUGUAGAUGAAUUCGAUGCAAAAUACAAAUUCAUCGGUAGUACUUCAACAGAUUUUUAUAUUAUGACUGAUUUAAGUGCACCAUUUAAUAAAAUUAUUAAAGUUAAUAUCAAAGAUCCUGAUUGGUCGAAUUGGGAAGAUUUAAUACCACAUAAUCCAAUUAGAAAAUUAGAAUGUGCUACUUGUAUCAAUCGAAAGUAUUUGGCUAUAAGUUGUAUAGAAAAUGUCAGAAGUAUGAUUUCUAUUUAUGAUUGGAAUACUGGAAGGUAUAUAAAAAAUAUUAUAACUCCAAUUGGUCGUAUCUAUUCCCUAAUUGGUCAUUAUACAAGUAGUCAGGUAUUUAUUCAAUUUGCUACAUUCAAUGAACCAUGUACCAUCAUGUAUUGUGAUUUAAACAAAGAUCAUUGGGAAUUAAAGGUAUUCCGUAAAUCUCAACCAAUGGAGUUAAACGAUAAAGAAUAUGAGAUUAAACAAGUAUUUUAUCAAAGUAAAGAUUCAACAACUAUUCCAAUGUUUAUAUUUCAUAGAAAAAAUAUCAUUUUGAAUGGUAGGAAUCCAUGUAAACUAAGUGCAUUCGGUGGAUUUGGUUACAUUAAUCAACCGUAUUAUUCAGCAAAUGAAUUAUUAUUUAUUGAAAAAUUUAAUGGAAUAUUUGCAUUGGCCAAUAUACGUGGAGGAGGAGAAUUCGGUGAAGAAUGGCAUAAGCGUGGAUGUGAUGUUCAUAAAACUACAGCAAUCGAUGAUCUAUUGAUGGCUGCUGAAUAUUUAAUUCAACGAAAAUAUACCAAUCCUGAUAAUCUUAUCUUACAAGGUCAUGAAAAUGGUGGUCUAAUUGCAGUAUCCUGUGCAAAUAAAAAACCAACUUUAUUCAAAGCAAUCAUUUUGGAUAAUCCAUUAAGUGAUAUGUUACAUUAUUAUAAAUAUUCAUCAACUAGUAGAUGGAUGAAUGAAUAUGGAAAUUUAUAUUAUGAAAAUGUAUUCAAUGCAUUAUUAAGUUAUUCACCAAUUCAUAAUGUACCAAAUCUAUCCAUUACAAAGUCGUAUUAUCCUGCAGUGCUUAUUUUGUCCGAUCUACAAACUGCCAAUGUAGAAUAUAUUCAUUCAUUGAAAUUAUUAGCUACAUUACAAAAUGAAUUACAUAAUAAUGGUUGUACACUUAAACAAUCAAAUAUUAUACUUGGAUGGUUUAAAACUGAAGGUCAAUAUAAGAUUGAUAAAGUUACAAGUAUCUGUUCAUUUAUACAAAUGAUCUUAUCAAUUAGCCGGCAUAAAAGCAAUCCUAAUCAGUUUAAUUCUCUUAGAAAAGUGACUGCAUUGUUCGCAGUCCGUUUGACUACUGCGUUACAAUAUUUGGGAUGUGGUUAUGACCUAAGUUGGCUUCAAAGUUUCUGGGCUUUUAAUGGGUGCGAGAUCCCAUGGCUCCUACGUGGAGCUAUAAGAAGCAAUAAUGUUGGUACACUUCAAUAUCUCUUCAGCUAUCCUAAUGGUGUGGAUCCAAGUAUGGUCAUCGAUGGAGUUUGCCCACUCAAUUUGGCGGUUGAAUUAGGUUAUUUACAAAUGGUCAAGAUCCUUAUUAAAGCAGGUGCGGAUAUUUAUGUUGCCGAUGCCCCUCGGUACCCACUUCAUCAAGCAAGUUUAUAUGGUCGUGCGGAUAUUGCUGAACUGCUUAUACGAUCCGGUGCAUCUGUAUCAGCGCUUACUGAACGACGACAGUCUUGUUUACAUCUCCUGGCACAUCAAACUGCUCAACGUUAUGUUGAUACAGCGAAAAUUCUAUUGAAAUAUCAUGUGAAUCCAAAUACAUUAGAUGAUGAUGGUCUUGCACCGUUACAUCGUGCAUCAGUUGAAAUUGUUGAAGUAUUAGUUGCACAUGAAACAACUGAUGUUAAUAUAUGUAGUCGUGAUAUGGAUACACCUUUAUUAACCGCCGUCAAAGAUCGUAGAGAACUAAUUUUAAUUGCUCUCAUUCGAGCAGAUCAACAAUUUCGUGAACAACAUCGAAAAAACAACACUAAUACUACUACUACUACUACUACCACAACGGUGGCGACGACGAUGACUUCAAGUACAUUAGAAACUCAAUCAGGUGAUGGCGCAUGUCGUGUUAUAGCUUCAGCUCUUCGAACACCAUCUUCAAAAUCAUCCAAUUCUGCAUCAUCUCGAUUUACACUCGCUUCAGCAACAAGUACAAUUUUUCGUGGUAUCAUUUCAAAUGAUUGUGUUGUACCACCACGUGCUUCAUCUGCUGCUUCAGUUAAUCUACAUUCAAUAAUUAAUACAAAUCAUUCAAAACCAUUUAUUACAGAUCGUCAUAAUUUAUCAUCACAAUUAUUACGAAUGAAACCAAUUAAGAUUUCAGAUGAUCAUGAUACUGAAUUAGAAUGUGAUACCAAUAGAAUUAAUAUACGUUCAUGUAUAUUAAGAUUAAGUGGAAAAAAUCAUAUGUUUUUAAAUUCAGAAUCCAAUGGUUUUACUGAUGGUGAUUCACAAUGUAUUGUUAAAUCAAGUUAUAGUGGUAGUUCUAAUUUAUCACAUAUGAUUACUCGUAAACCAGAAAAUUGUCAACGAUGUCAUAGUGUAGGCAAUCCAAGUGAUGUGGCUCGUUGGUGGCAAAGUUGUGAUCGAGUUCAACGUAUACUUGGCAAAACUACAUUGAUCAAUACUAGUAAUAAUAAUAAUAGCAAUAAUAUUAAUAAUUCAAUACCACAAACAACACAACUUCCACUCAAUCUUAAAAAUGGUCAACAGUCGAAUGUUGGUACAAUACGACCACGUUUAGACAUAGAUCGACCAGAUAAGAUUGGUAUGACACCUUUAAUGAUCGCAGCAGAAGCUGGUUCAAGUGGUUUGAAUAUGGCAAUAGCUUUAGUAAAUGCUGGUUCAAAUCUUUCGCUGACUGAUAAAGUCGGUAUGACCGCUUUACAUCAUGCAUGUUAUGUUGGCUCAUUAAAUAUGGUACGUUAUCUUAUGGAACGUGUUCAUCCAACAAUAUCUUCUAAUAAUGUGGCAACAACAACAACUAUUUGUACUACUACUACGGCGACUACGAUGGCCACUACGUCUGCAUCAAUUUCAAAAACUAACAGUCUAUUGAAUGGUUCCAAUGCUCGGUUGUCAUGUCUUCUUUCUACAUCGAUUAUAUCAUCGUUAAAUGCAUCAGGAUCAAUAUGUCCUACUAACAAUAGUAAUAGUAAUAUGAAUGUCCAAUUGUCCAUGGUAGGAUCAGCACCACCACCACUAACUGCAAGUCGUCUUUCAAAUCCUGAAUUAUUAAAUACUCAAGAUAAAUAUGGUCGAACUUUAAUUUAUUUAGCUGCAUGUCGUGGACAUAGUGAAGUUGUAAAUUAUUUACUAUGUCAUUCAGCUGAUAUACAUAUUACUAACAAAGAAAAUAAGUCACCUUUAUAUAUUAGUGCUUAUUUUGGUUAUUUGGAAAUAGCCAAUGCACUAUUACGUCAUGGUGCACAGGUCGAUCAAAUGGAUUCACAUCGAAAAACUCCAUUGUAUGUAGCUACUUAUCAUGGACGAUCGGAAAUUGUCGAUCUUUUACUAACAGCUGGUGCUAAUGUUAAUGCAGCUGAUAAAAAUGGUAAAACUCCACUUUAUGUUGCUGUAUUACAUGGACAUUUAGCAUUAGCACGUAAACUAUUAGACGCUGGUGCAUCAGUUAAUCGUGUAGAUCGUGAAGGUCUUGGUCCUUUACAUAUGGCAGUUAAAUUUCCUAAAUUAGAUAUACCUAUGGUAAAGUUAUUAUUAAAUUAUGGAUGUGAUCCAGUGAAUUUAGCAAGUUUUACACGUUGGCUUCUAGUACAUGGAAUAAUUCCAGAAGAAUGUAUACAUGGUGAUGAUGAAUUAGCACAAUGGUUACGUUGGGAAGAAUGUAAUGUACAUUCAUUAAAACAUAUUUGUCGUGUAGUUAUACAACGUGCACUUGGUUAUGCUGAUUCAUUAAGAGUUAAAGCAAAUCGUUUACCAUUACCGGAGCAUUUAAUUUCUUAUGUAUCAAUGAAACAAUUAUAAUAAAUCAUUCACCUCUCUUCUUGAUCAUCACCAAUUCGUACUCACUUUAGUUUUCUGCUUUCCACACACACCCCGCCGCGGCUCUCUGUCUCUCUCAGUUCUUCUAGAUUUUGCUCAGUAUUGCAUUUAUUUGAAUGACUUGUUUAUCUUUGUUUUUUUUUACACAAC